AUGAACUCUUCUGGCUUCAACAUGUCGAGCGACCAGAGAUAUCGAGACUCGUUCCAAACUGCUGUGGUCAAAAAUGUGAUUCUUCUGGCUGUUGGUCUGACAAUCAGCUACAUCAAUGGGACCCUGAUUCACACCUUCAGAAAACACCAGGUAUUCUACAUGAAUCCCCGUUACAUCCUCUUCAUCCACCUGGUGGUGAACGAUAUGAUCCAGCUCACUACAACAAUAAGCCUGUUUGUCUUAAGUUAUAUCUUCUACAGAAUUAAUGCUUCACUCUGCUGCCUCAUCGUAACGAUGGCUGUCUUCACCACUGUCAACACUCCACUAAAUUUAGCCGUCAUGGCGAUGGAGUGCUACAUCGCUGUUUGUUUACCUCUGAGACACGCUGAGUUGUGUACUAUCAGAAGAACAUAUGCUCUGAUUGGUGGGAUUUGGGCCCUGAGUGCCGUCACUACACUGCUCGACGUCUUCAUCUUUCUGGCAACUGAGCCUGUGCAGGUGUUUCAUUCGGCCAUUUUCUGUGAGAAGGACAACCUGUUCACACAUCGCAUACAUGUGCAAAAGAAGGAUGUUUACAUCAUAUACCUGAUUGGUGUUUGGCUCACACUCUUCUACACGUACUUUAUGAUCUUCACAGCGGCUAAAGGAGCUGAUGGAGAUGCAAAGAAGGCCAGGAAUACAAUCCUGCUCCAUGGUUUCCAGCUGCUGUUGGCUAUGCUAACCUUUGUAGGUCAUGUGUUCAAAAAGGCUCUGUUGACCUGGUUUCCUAAAUAUUAUGUGCAUGUACUCUUUGUGUCCUACAUCAUUAUCCAGAUCCUUCCCCGGUUCAUCAGUCCCAUCGUGUACGGCCUACGAGACAAGAUGUUCAGACAGCAUUUGAAAAUGUACAUUCUGUGUUCAGUGAGACGAAGCAUCAACCCCCGCCUGCAGCUAAAAUAA